AUGGCGGCGGUCGCCGACGGCGCCGCGGUCGUUGACGCGGCCGGAUCGUUCGCGUGGCGCUGCAAAGACUUCGAGAAGGUCGGCGCGACGAUCGCGGUGACGCCUUGCGAUGUGGUAGAGGAAGCUGACAUCACAUUCUCCUGCGUCGCAGACCCACAGGCUGCCAAGGAGAUGGUGUUCGGCAACUGCGGCGUGCUGCACUGCCCCUCGCUGGAGGGCAAGGGCUACGUGGAGAUGACCUCGAUAGACGCCGACACGUCGCACGACAUCGUGGAGGCGAUCGGGGGCAAGGGCGGCCGCUACCUGGAGGCGCAGAUCCAAGGUUCGAAGACGCAGGCCGAGGAGGGAACGCUGAUCAUCCUGGCGGCAGGAGACCGCUCCCUGUUCGACGACUGCCAAUCCUGCUUUAAGGCGAUGAGCAAGAAUUCCUUUUACCUUGGUAGCGACAUCGGCAACGCGUCGAAGAUGAACGCCGUGCUGCAAGUGGUGGGCGGCGUGUCGCUGGCCGCGCUGGCCGAGGGGCUGGCGCUGGCCGACCGCGCCGGCCUCAGCCAGGCCGACCUGCUCGACGUGCUGGCGCUCACGCCGCUCGCCUCGCCGCACCUCAUCCUCAAGGGCAGAGCGAUGAUCGAGUCGUCGUACUCGACGCACCAGCCGCUGACGCACAUGCAGAAGGACCUGAAGCUGGCGCUGGGGCUGGGCGACGCGCUGGAGCAGUCGCUGCCCCUCACGGCCACCACCAACGAGAUCUUCAAGCACGCGAAGCGGCUCGGCUACGCCAACCACGACGUCGCCGCCGUCUACAUACGGGCUAGAUUC